AUGAAGACCCUCCGGGCACGGUUCAAGAAGACAGAGGUGAACCUGCAGAAAGAAGCUCGGCAGCUGACGGAGCGCCUGUGGAGUGGAGCCCGGGUGGGAAGUGGAGGGCGGCACCGAUUGGGAAGUGGAGGGCGGCACCGAGAGCGUCUGUGCUGGCGCAGGCUCCGGCUCAGCCCCACUGACCUCAGCUCCUGCCCACCCUGUGGCCGGUGCCCUAUCCCGAAACCCGCAGCCAGAGGCAGGCGCCAGGGCCAAGACUGGGGCAAAAGUGACCAGCGACUGCUCCAGGCUGUGGAGAACAACGAUGUGGCCAGAGUGGCCUCGUUGAUCGCCCACAAGGGGCUGGUGCCUACAAAACUGGACCCCGAGGGCAAGUCUGCGUUCCACUUAGCUGCCAUGAGAGGUGCGGCCGGCUGUCUGGAAGUGAUGCUGGCUCAAGGUGCUGAUGUCAUGAGCACGGAUGGAGCAGGUUACAAUGCCCUUCACCUGGCAGCCAAGUACGGGCACCCAGAGUGUCUGAAGCAGCUCUUGGAGGCUUCCUGCAUGGUAGACAUUGAGGACAGCAGUGGGUGGACAGCCCUUCACCAUGCAGCAGCCGGUGGUUGUCUGUCCUGCUCAAAGCUGCUCUGUUCCUUUAAGGCACAUAUGAAGCCCCGGGAUCGGUCGGGUGCCACGCCCCUCAUCAUAGCAGCUCAGAUGUGUCACACAGAUCUGUGCCGCCUCCUCCUACAGCAGGGAGCUGCCGCAAAUGACCAGGACCUGCAAGGCAGGACAGCAUUGAUGCUGGCAUGUGAGGGGGGCAGCCCCGAGACCGUUGAAGUACUGCUGCAGGGUGGAGCCCAGCUGGGCAUCACCGAUGCACUGGGUCAGGAUGCCACUCACUAUGGAGCUCUGACCGGAGACAAGCUCAUCUUGCAGCUUCUACAGGAGUCUGCACAGCGCCCUUCACCUCCCAAUGCCUCUCUAGAGGAUGACUCCGGAGAGGCCUCAUCUCAGAACUCAGCGUCCAGCCAUGAGAAACGAGGAGCCCACAAGAAGAGGAAGGCACCCCAGCCUCCAGCCGCCACACCAAUUCCUGACGAUCAGGAUGCUUAUGAGGAGAUCGUGCGCCUGAGACAGGAGAGAGGCCGGCUCCUGCAGAAGAUCAGGGGCCUGGAACAGCACAAGGAACAGAGGAGGAGGAGGGAGGCAGAGGCCAGCUCAGUGCACAGCCUGGAGAGACAGGUGCAGGAGCUGCAACAGAUGCUGGCAGAGAAGCAGGAGGAGAAGGAGAGCCUGGGCCGGGAGGUGGAGAGUCUGCAGAGUCGCCUGUCCCUGCUGGAGAGUGAGAGAGGAAACACAAGCUAUGAGGAGGAGGGUGAGAUGCCUGACUUCCCAGGAGCCGAGGCACUGCUGUCAAAGAACCCGAGUCCAUCAGGAGAGGAGAUAGUGGCUUCCCUACAGGAGCAGGUGGCUCAGCUCACCAGGCAGAACCAGGAGCUGCUGGAAAAGGUCCAGAUCCUUGAGGAGUUUGAAAAGGAUGAAGCGCAGUUGGUGGAAGAAAGUCAGCCUGAAGUUGUCCCCCUGGUCUUGUAUGAAUCCUUACGUGCAGAGCUUCAACAGCUUCAGAGGCAGCACACAGAGGCCAUGCAUAUGCUGCAGCUGCAGCAGGGGGAGCCACCCGGAACUUAUGGAGAAGAGACAGCAUACCAGGAAAUCAAGGACAAGGGAAUCACUAUCCAGAAUGGACUCGGUUUCCAAGACCUUAAUGGCACCACGUAUACAGAAGCCACAGCAAAUGGAAUGGAACCCCAAGCAGGAGGCUCCAAGGGCGUCGGGAACACUGAAGCAGGGGCUUCAGAAGCAGCGCUCAUAGAACCCGAGGCUGUAGGUUCAGAGGCCAAGGGGAAAGAUGGAGUGGCAGCCGAGGCAAUGGACACUAGUGUCACUAUGGCUGAAGCCCUAAAUGUAAAAUCUGUAGGCGACAAUGCUGAAAGAGAACCAGUGACUGCAGAAGAUACUGGAGGAAAAGAGAACCCAGGAAUGAAGGCUGAUGGGGUGGAUGUGUUACAAGCAGGGCUCACAGGAACAGUGACUAGAAACAUGGAGGCCACCGGAGUGAGGGAUACAGGAGUUCAGGCCACAGGAGUAGAGGUCACAGCAGUGAAGACCACUGGAGUGCAGGCCACAGUGGCGGAGGUUAUAGGAGUUAAGGUCACAGGAGUGCAGACCACUGCGGCAGAAGCAAUAGGAGUCAACGACACCACCGCGGAGGCCACGGAAGCGGAGGCUACGGGGGCGCAGGCCAAUUGUUCGAAGGCCACGGAGGCAGACAGCACUGGAGCUCAGGACACGGCUAUGGAGCCCACGAGAGCACAGGCCACUGUGUUAGAUACUACGGAAGCCGAGGCCAACGGCACAGAGGACCCCUGCGCUGCGAUUCUGCACCCGGGGGCAGCGGCCGCGGCGCUGCAGGCUGAACUGGAGAGCCGGAUCCGUGCUCUUGAGGAGGCGCUACGUCGGAGGGAGCAGGAGGCUGCGGCCGAGCUGGAGGCAGCUCGGGGCCGUUUUGCGCAAGCGGAGGCAGAGGCGGAGGAGGCGGCGCGGGGGCGGAGCCGCGAGCUAGAGGCGCUUCGGGAAUUGCUGGCCACGGCCACGGCUACUGGCGAGCGCGCACGCACAGAGGCCGCCGAGUUGCGCCAACAACUAGCCGCCUCGGAGGCUCGGGUCGCCGAACUCAGCUCUGCCCAGGACGCUGCUCGUGAGGAGCUGGAGCGCAUGCGCGGGGCCUCGGUUCCUGCGGACGAGCACGAGCACGCGCUGGACGCCCUGCGCGACCAAGUGGCUCGGCUGCAGGCGCAGCUGGCCGAUCUGGCGCGCAGGCACGAGAAGACUAGCGCAGAGGUCUUCCAGGUGCAGCGUGAGGCAUUGUUUAUGAAGAGCGAGAGGCACGCAGCCGAGGCCCAGCUGGCCACGGCUGAGCAGCAGCUCCGGGGGCUUCGUACAGAGGCCGAGAGGGCGCGCCAGGCCCAGAGCCGUGCCCAGGAGGCCCUGGACAAAGUCAAGGAGAAGGACAAGAAGAUCACAGAUCUGUCCAAGGAAGUCUUUACACUGAAGGAGGCUCUGAAGGUGCAGCAGUCCACUCCAGCCAGCUCCAAGGAGCAGGAGGAGGCCCUGCGUGGUCAGGUGACAGCCUUGCAACAGCAGAUACAGGAGGAGGCCCAGGAACACUGCACUGUGGUGGCUUUAUACCGCACCCAUCUCCUGUACGCCAUUCAGGGACAGAUGGACGAGGAUGUACAGUGCAUUCUCAGUCAGAUCCUGCAGAUGCAGCGGCUUCAGGCUCAGGGUCGCUGAGGACACAGCUCAGCCGUUCAGUCUCCAUCCUUCACCUCGGCGAGCUGAAGCCACAGACACCACCUUCCCCAGCAACCAGGGGAUCAACAUGACUCAUGAAUCAGUGGGAGACCAGCCUGGGUCUUUAGCAGUGGUGGCCACCUGAACACCCCACAGCUCCCUAUAGUCUGGCCCUCUGAUUCUCAUCACUCUGCAUUUGAUAUAUUAGGCGUCCUGAUAUGUUGCCUGCAUCACAACUGAGGAGUCCAAGUCCAUUUUGUGUGUGCGUGUACAGGGGGUGGGGGCAGGCAUAACCAGUGACACACUGGGUGAGGGCAGGGGACUCAGAACCCAGUUUGAUCUUCUGACUCCAUAACACAAUUAUGGCAAUAAAUAUGAGUGCAAUGCAGUGUUUAAAAGAAA